CUUAAUCUUGCUCAGUGGUACUGAAGAGAAUAAGAAGCAGACAAGGUGAAUGCAGCAGGGUCCUCUUGUAGCAUUGAAGGGUUAAAAGGAAAAUGAAACUUGCCUUCUCCUUGUAUUUUCUGCUGGCUGGUUUGUAUUCUGUUGCCCAGUGUCAUCAGCGCCCUCGCUACCGCAACAAACAGGAUGAUUCUAAGGGAGUACAUUACCCUGGUAGCAGUUCACAUAGAGAAGGAGUUAUUCCAAAUAGAAACAAAACUUUUGUCAAAGUAGUUUACAGUAAUGCUGAUUUUGCAUUUUCAUUUUACAAGCUGGCUGCAUCUGAAGCAACAGAUCAAAAUAUUUUCUUUUCACCCAUAAGCAUCUCUACUUCCUUUGCAAUGCUUGCACUGGGUGCCAAGUCAGAGACACUGACGCAGAUUCUGGAAGGGCUUGCCUUUAACUUGAAAAAGACUCAGGAUCAGGAAAUACAUGAAGGUUUUUGCCAGCUCCUCCACAUGCUGAACCGUUCAGAUAGUAAUCUCCAUCUGAGCCUGGGCAAUGCCCUUUUUAUACAGGAGACACAGAAACCUCUACAGAAGUUCCUGGAUGAUGCCAAAUACUUUUACCAGUCUGAAGUCCUUUCUGCUGACUUUAAUAACUCCCCCAGUGCUGAGAACCAGAUCAACAGUUAUAUUGAAGAAAAGACAAAUGGGAAAAUUGUUAAACUAGUAGAAAAUCUUGAUCCUCUUACCACAAUGGUUCUUGUUAACUAUGUCUUCUUUAAAGCUCAUUGGGAGAAACCCUUCAGUGAUUCAUACACAAAAAAAGAAGAUUUUUUUGUGGAUAAGAAAACAUCUGUAAAAGUUGACAUGAUGUAUCGGAAAGGUUACUACAGAAAUUACUUUGAUGAAGAACUGUCCUGUUGGCUGGUUCAGAUUCCUUACAGUGGAAAUGCUGCAGCAUUAUUUGUUUUACCUGAUGAAGGGAAGAUGAAACAGGUGGAAGAUGCUCUUUUGAAAAGAACUGUGUCCAAAUGGGAAAAGCUCCUCCAAGAUAGAAAAAUACAUCUACAUAUUCCAAAACUUUCUAUUUCUGGUACCUACGAUGUGAAAAAGAUAGUCAGAGAAAUGGGUAUAAUUGAUCUAUUCACUGAACAAGCUGAUCUGUCAGGAAUUACUGAGGAUCCUGGACUGAUGGUUUCAAAAGUGAUCCACAGAGCUGUGCUAAACGUUCAUGAGAAUGGCACUGAGGCAGCAGGAGUCACAGUGAAGGAGAUUACAUGGAGAUCUGGUGAUUUUUCUCGUCCUCCUCGAGUCAAAUUCAACAGGCCCUUUCUCCUGAUGAUUUUGGAUAAAUAUACCCAUACCAUCCUCUUCAUUGGGAAAAUUGUAAAUCCUCUGAAAAAUAACUGAUUGCCCAGAGGACAGGCACUUCGAUACAUAGGUGCCUAAGUUCCUGUGAUCCAGUAAUAACUUUGCGUACACCACUGUGUACUAGUGUCUUUCAACCAUUUUCAUUAUGUACAUCUCUAAACCUUUAAAAACAAAAGUUUUUCUUGCCCAAAAGACACAGGUAUUUCCCCUCUGGUCUACAGCUGUAUGUAACUUGCAUUGUCAAAAAAUAUGUCUUUUUUCAGCUGUUCUGUAACAACCACUUCCUGACAUUCUCAAGUAUAUGAGGUGAUUUGUAGUCUCUUCUAUGGAUGAUGCAGCUUUUACUCUACACUCGCAGUAUGUGCAAGGGAGUGUGGGAGAAGAGAAAUGGGGAAAAGGGAUGGAAGGUAUAUAUCCUGUCUGUUUAAUACACUGACUUUUGAUAACUGAUGUUAAAUGCAGAGUAUCUUAGUAUUGGAUUGAGUUUUUGUUGUUGCUUUUAUUUGUUUGUUUGCUUUGUUGGUUAGUUGGCUGGCUUGGUUUGGUUUGGUUUUUAUUAGAAUGAAGUUACAUCAUCACUGGCUGCGACACUGGAAUACACAAUAAAGUGAAGUGUUGACCAGUACAAUUGGUUUAGUUGUUAUCUUCUCCUUGUGGAAGUCCUAUUCACGCAGGCAAUAAAGUUGCUCUUCAUUGCUGGGGCAGUGACAAUGUAGUGUGAUAAAAUAAAAGGUGGAACUGGUAUAUGCACCAUAUACUAUAUAUGGUGCUAUAGCACCAGUUUCCUGUUUAUGGAUUUGAUGUCACUUUCAUUUCUUGUUUCUCUUACUGAUUUCAACUUCAUUAUCACACCUUCCAGAUAGACAAGUCAGGCUGUGGUAAAGAAAUUUUUAUCUCCUCACAGGGAACAGCAAAGCUUUUCUAGGUGCUGUUAAUUAGUUUUAAACUCAGAAAGAUAUCAUAGACAUGCAUAUUAAAUACAGGCAAUACUUGGUAAUCACACUAAAUUUUAGCAGUGGAUUGAUACUAUGGAAUAAAAACAUAUAGUUGAAAUUUGUACCUUUUCUUUCAAAGAUUCAUGAUUCUAGUGUGUUGCUAGUGUGUUAUUUUAUUAAAAUAUAAGAAGCUAUUGAAAGCAGUUAAAUAUUUAUUAGAUUUUUCACUACAGAAUAUCUCAAAUUGGUAAAAAAUACAGCACUUUGCAGUCUUUAGUUUCUUAAAAUGUGAAAUAAAGUACCAUAAAAAUAAUGAUUACUAUUUCUGAAACAGUAUUGUCCUGAAUGUUUGGGGGAUUUUGACUUGUCUCUGACAUUAAAUUACCACUGUCAGUAUUACUAUACUGUAGCUGUAUGUCAGCCAAGUAAUGCUUGAUGUUCACACUCGAAAUCCUCAUCAAAAUCACAUAAUCUAAUGACAAAACAUCUUUAUUGACAUCUGUUUUUUAUCUACUCAGUAUUUAGUAAAAGCUGCUGGCUAGAACACUGGGUAUAUAUACAGACAAUCUCAGUGUAAUACGGAUAAACUGAUUCUACAGAAUAUCAUUUAAAAGUUCUUGGCACAUUGUGGGGCUAAUUCAGGACAGCAUGCUGAAGUCCAGCUUUGCAGUGACAAAUGACUAUGUAAGCAAAUACCAUGAGACUUUAUGUUUGUUCUUCAUUGUGGACCUCAGAUCAAUACCUGUUUGCUAUCAUGAAAAAAAUUUAAAUGAUAUUUUGCCAAUCAGAUUCCUUUGAGAGGCAAGUUUGAUGCCCGACAUAUUUGAAAGCAGAUGAAGAAUAAUCAAGCCGCAAGUGGGAGUCAAACUCUGUGCUUCCAUUUAGUUAUGAAAAGACACUAUGAGGCUUUUUGCAAAAUUCUAAUACAGUGGAACCUUUUCCUACGUUAUUUUCCCAAAGAACACAUGCUGUAUAAGAGGAAUGCUUAAAUAGAAAUCACAUAUAGCUAUGGUUGUAAGUAUGUGUAAAUAUAUAUUAUUAAAGUAUUAGAUUCCCCACUCUGAAUGAAAAAAAAAUGCAAUCAUGAAAUAUGCAUAACCUAUUUUUCCUUUUCUCAUAAUCCUUAAAGAAAUUUAAAUGGGUCUCUGUCCACAUUCACUUUAUUGUCUUAUUAAGAUCCUGAGUUUAGCAUCAGGCUUUCUAGAACUAUUAGGGCAGCUUCCAGAGAAAACGUAGCUGGAGAAAAGUACUGAAGAUAAGCUAACUUUGAUCAUGAUUUAUUCUUGAGAUACCUUGUCUCAAAAGUAAAAUAAGGCCAGGUGAAAAUUAGGUCCUCUAUCAUUAGCACUCUCUGUAUUAUUAAACCAUCCCUAAAUUAACUGAGUAACCAGUAAAUAUAAUGUAAUUGCUGUUCAUGUAGUCACCUUCAAAUGGGAGUAGGAACCAUAUACAGGUGUCUUGCCUUGUUUCUCUAUGAUAAAAAUAAAGAUAAAAUUUGAUAAAGUUCAGAAAAUGUUUCUCACCAGAACUUCUCACUCUUCUCAACAUAUAGCAAAUUUAAGUGCUAAAUAGUUAAUACAGAACAAUCAGAAAGCUGCUGUUCUUAUGGGUGUCAAGUUCAGUGUGCUCAUGUUUUGUUCAGGGGAGGGCUUCUCCUUUCAAUCUGUCAUUAUUUUCUUCUUUUCUGGAUUUCUGUUGAUUGGUUUGUUUGCUGACUGUGAAUAUCAUGACUGUAUGGCAUGAAGGAGUCUUCUCUCUCUAGAGAAAUCUCUAGAGUGCAUGAUUGUAUGGCUUUGUUUUGAUUUUUUUAGAGAGAGAAGACUACUUUGCUAGAUGUUAAAAGUCAUGAAAGAAUUGCCAAUCUAAAAAGCAAAAGCCAAUGUAUUUCUUGUUCUGUAAUAGCAGGCAAAGAUUUAUAUGCAAAAGUGAAAUGAAAUAGAAAAGAUUUUAAAAACCAAACAAGAAAAAAAACAAAACAAAAACAAAACAAAAAAAAACACCCCAAGAUCAAUCCAUGGUGGGAAUGCACUUAAUCCUUAGGAAAUAGAAAAGAAUUUGAAAAAAAUAUAUAUCCAACAGCAACUUUGAGUAGUGCUAAAGAUCACAAAAGAAGAAAAAGCAGCCAGAAGCCUGUGUGGGUGCAGAGAAAGUAAUAAUAGGCUUGAAGGAAAACAAGGAAAAUAACAUAUUUAAACAGCCAGAAGCCAGUGCCCAUACACAGGUCUUUGUUCCCAAUGCUGUGUGGUAUUAGCUAGGAAGAACAGCAUGUAAUAUAGGCAACAGCCUUAAAGGUCAUUCACUGAAAAGCAAACUGUAUAUUCUACUGGAAAAUUUACUGAUUUUGUAUUAAAUGCGAUAACAAAUAGGUACCCAUAUUUCAAUAACAAUAGAAGGCAGGGGCUGCUUAAGGAGAAAAACAAAGCUGAAGUACAUAGUUCUGAUGCCAGUGUAUUCUCAUCAAAAGGGAGAUAUCACAGAAUCACACCACAGCCAAUUUGCAUUUUUAUUUGUUUUCUAAUACAUGAGAACUUACUAAUCAGAUCUUGUUACUAAUUAUCUUGAUACCGGAUAACUCAUUACAUUCCUGUGCUGUAUGAUACUGUUCUUUUCUCCAUGUCGUCCUCAGGACACUAUGUCAAAGAAAAAUGUUAGCAAAGUUAUGAAGUAAGCCAUGAUGCCCCAAUGAUAACGAGAUAGGAGACUCAGCUUAAUGCCAGCCUACUGGUCCUAGAGUUGAUCAAUGAUCAAAACACCCACAACAUCUUUUUUGCUGGAAAAAAAUUAUCCCCACAAAUUGGUUACUGCCAGUCAUAUCCCAGCCCCAUCACUCAGAGUUUUGGACUUCUCAGUAUCAGGUAUGAUGUAUUUCAUUAUGCAUUCAGCAUAAUAAUAAAUAAAACCCAACCAGUAACUAGCAGAUACCUCUGGGCAAUACUAAAUAAAUUUCUCAGCUCUCUGGUGAUUUUUCACUGAAACAGUAGCUGUUAGGAGAACAAAACAAAUGAUGUAGUUCACACUGAAGUAAUGUUAAAUCAACAUUUCUGUUGUUUAUUAGAUUCCUGGUGUAUGCUCUGUCAUUUGGCCAGGAAUAAAAUAUCUGUGGGGCAAGAUGGAAGGUCUGUGGCUAUUUGACUCCUGAAAGUCUUUGGCAAAGAUUUGUAUUUCUCUUCUUCAGGUACAGUAUAGUUUAAGUUGGGGUUUUGCUUGCCUGUUUGUUUUUAAUCUAUUAUAUAUCAUAAUUCUUGAUUAGGAAAGUACGCACAAAGACAUUGCAGUAUUGUGAUAAUUGUAUUGUGACAAUAAAAACGUUUAUGAAUACAA